AAUGAAAUUACACACAAAAGACAAUGGCAUCUUCGAAUUGGAUGCCCUACCCGAUGAUAUGACGUUGCUCAAGGAUUUUAUCACCGAGUACCAGCUUACAACAUCUUCACAACAAAAGCUGGCUCUGCUGUACUACGAGAACAAUGAAUUUGAAAACUGCUUAGAACUGCUAAGGUUUUGUGUAUCGCAGAGCUUGUUUUCUGCCAGUGAUUUGGAAAGGCUGAAUCUUACACUUCUGGCCUUUUAUAUUGAGCAGGGGCAGGGAGACAAGUACUUGGACGAGUGCACAAAGCUGUUUUUGCAGCUAGAGAACACGAAGUACAAGGAUGAAUUGAACUGUAUAAAAGGAUAUUUCUUCCUGUACAAGGAAAAAUAUGAUACUGCACUGUUUUUGCUUGCCAAUGAUGUGUUAGGUAGGAAUUUGAUUCAUCUGUCGAUGAGGUGCCCAGAAAAAGUGGAAACUAGCGAUCCGCUUCUCCAGGGAUACAAAGCUUAUCUUGAGAACGAAGUAGAAACAGCGGUGAAAUAUUUUACAGAAGAGUAUAAAAGAAAUAAAAAGGUGUUUCCCUAUCUCUUGAGACUGGCACCGAACAAGUUCAGCUACAAGGACUCGGAUGAGUGGACCAAGGGAACACCAGAGUAUAAGUUAUGUGCGAAAGAGCAAGACGGCGUGUAUACCGAAGAAGAACUGUUGGAAACUUUCGGUGAUAUCGUAAAGGACGAGUUUCUGUACCAACGAGCCAAACAAUUGCAUCUCAAGGGGCAGUACGAGGAUGCGCUAGAAUAUUAUAUCCAGUGCAGCGGCAGACGAACCGCUGAUUAUCAAUCAAAGAGAAUAUUAGGGCUGCCAUUUGAAGACAAGAAAGAGUUGAGCGAUCUUUACCAGCUUAGAAAGACCAAUGAGGGAGCGAGCAACCCCGUGGAAGGAUUUUCCAGCCUAAAAAGAAUCAAACAAUAUUUGGAUGAUGCGACUUAUUACAGUAACCGAGGGUAUUACGUGUACUUUGUCGAUUAUUACACGGACAAAAUUAAAAAAGAAAUAAAAGAUGAUUUGGAGAUUGAGGACUUUUCUAAAGCUGCGCUUUUAUACUUCAAAAAAGCCCUUGAGACGGCAGAUUCGGAGCAGGAACGGGGCAUUGUGUAUAACAUUCAAAUGUUGGAGCGAGAAAAGGAGUACGAAGACGUGGAGAAUGACUUAAGGUACGCGAUUGACAACGUAAAGAACAAUCCUGAUAGAUCGCUUGCCACGUUUAUCAAAUAUGUGGAGAGUGAAAACAGCCUGAUUGCAGCGAGGGGAGUUGGUGUUGUGUUAGCGAUGAGAAAUGACCCUUUUUGCAUCAAAAUUUUUAAAUAUCUUCAUGAUGACCAUAACCUGAACAUUUUUCUUGAAAGUCAACAGAACAAAGAGAACAGUGAAAAAUAGCACUAAGUUGUUGUUACAGCGUAUUAAAAUAAAUAUUACUGA